GGAUCAGUCAACAGUAACCUCUGUGUGUGGACUCAUGGACCGGCAAGGUUUGAGCUUAGUGCGGCUCAUGUUGAUCAUUCUGAUCAACAUCUUGAUUUUUUCAGAAUGCUCUGCAGUUGUGUCAAGACAAGAGUGGGGAGCUGAACUCCCUCGCCAUAAGCGGACAAUGAGAGGCUCUGCCCGGAGAGUUAUUAUACACCACACCGCAGGCCAGAGCUGUCGAGGACUGACAGAGUGUAAGAGACACCUUAUCAGCAUUCAGAGAGACCACAUUAACAGAAACUUUGGCGACAUCGGAUAUAACUUUCUUGUUGGAAGAGAUGGCACCGUGUUUGAGGGUCGUGGCUGGGGUGUAGUAGGAGCUCAUGCCAAAGGGCAGAACAGUGACUCAGUCGGGAUUGCUUUCAUGGGCAACUUCAACAAUGAGACUCCGAGCACACAGGCAAUAACAUCAGUCAAACAGCUGCUGCAGUCUGGAGUUUCCCAGGGCUUCUUACAACCACAGUUUGUCCUGUCUGGGCACAGAGAUGUAGGAACCACAGAAUGUCCAGGAGAAAACCUUUACGCUGCACUGCAACGACUGACUAAUUGAUUGAACUGAGGAGCUCAAUGUAAAUGUGUCAUCUGUCGUCUAUCAAGACCUUCAGUGGCACACAGACAUUCAACAACAUACAAUCCCAGGUACAGAAUGAACAGGGUGACAGGAUUUCUUCUUCUUUGUUUUACAUGUCAAUAUGGGUCCUCUCUUAGUUACAUUAGUGUUGUCUUCCUCUUGGAAAUAAAUACUAGUUGUGAUUAUUUUAUUUGUGAAAGCUAAUAAGCUAGUAAUCUUUUCUUUUUUUUUCACCAUCUGGAU